GGAGGGUAGGCGGCAGUUACAAACGCUCCUCUUAACUCACUGACAGCCUCUGGCACUACUCUGAGUGAGAGAGGGCGAGCAAGAGAGAGACAUUUCUGAGCAUAGAGGGGGAACUUGUUCAGCAGUGGACUUUUAUCAUGCUGAACUGACCAGCGUCUUCCCUCUGGAAUACUCUACCAAACAACUGCUAGGACGAGACUACCAACACAGGGAUCAUUUCACUGCAAGACGCCAAAAUGCUCAGCUUUGAGCGGCCCCCUCCAUUAGCAGUGAUGCAUCCUGGGGGAGAACCUCCCUCUGUGGCCAUCCUGCCUCUCAGAAACACCCACCACCAGCAGCAGCAUCACAGGAGGAGAACCAAGAGGAUGGAGAGGGGCAAACCGGGACUGCGCUCCAAGAAACUGGCCAUCCUGUCACGGUCGCUCAUCAUCUGCAGCUCCAGCACCAAUGAGGACGCGUCCAGCCCAGAAGAGAGGUACCAUGAGCCCUGGGACGCCGAGUUGGAGGAGAAACACCGCAGGGACCCGCAGGAAGGGCCGAUGGGAAAUUCGGAAAAGUGCAUGACGAGGAGCGUCAGCGUCCAGGCGCCUCAAAGGGGCCAAGAGGGCCCCAAAAGUACUAUGAGGAGGUCCUUCUCCAUCAAGGAAAGCAGUUUCUGGAGAAUGUGUGUCGCCACGCGGGAGGAGGGUCUACAAGUGGGUGAUAAACUUCAGUCCGGCAACAAUGGUGCUACUGUUGGACGAGAUUUACACAGGGACACUUAUAUCUACUUUGGAGACAGACUUGCCCCAUUUAACGGACAGAUUAUAAAUAAUCAAAGAAAACUGGAGGCUGACCCAGAGAAAAGGCCUGUGCCGAAGACUGUUUGUAGAACCACCAGUGCUGAAGGUUUCUCUCCAUGUAAAAGCAGAGCUCUGUCCGCUAAUGUCAAUGAAUCAGACCAGCUUGGCUACACUUAUGGAGAAAAGGAGGCAAUGAGAAACAACAAUAACUUGAAGAUGCCAGUUAUUAAGGUAUCAGACGAUGACGGCAAGAACUGCGACAACGAGGAUCAGAGCUGCCAAGAGACGUCCUGCAAGAGAUCUCGCUCCAACUCCACCAGCGUUCACCCGUACUGGAUCGGAGACUUGGAUACCAUCAUUAUGAAGACGCCAGAGCUGUUCCCGUGUCCCGCCCACGCCACCGCAGGCUUUUACGGCAACAGGAAGUCUCUCUCUCAGCAGCUGGAAUUCCCUCACAACAUUCCACAGGCUGUGGUUAGACCGUCUCGCUCUCUAAGUUCAGCACACUUGGUCCCCUCCUGCAGUAGCGUACAGGCCUUCAUCAUCUCCAACAUCGUCCUCAUGAAGGGCCAUGGAAAGGGUCUGGGAUUCAGUAUAGUAGGAGGAAGAGACAGCAUGUAUGGCCCAAUGGGGAUUUACGUGAAGACCAUCUUUCCUGGAGGCGCAGCGGCCGCUGAUGGAAGACUACAGGAAGGAGACGAGAUACUGGAAUUGAAUGGGGAAUCUCUGCACGGCCUGACCCAUGAAGAUGCCUUACACAAGUUUAAACAAGUGAAGAAGGGUUUGUUAACGCUGGUGGUGAGGACCAGUCUGCGGGUGGGGGCCGUGCCGGGCAGCCAUGGCCAGGUGUCUCAGUUAUGCCGAUCCAGAUCUCUGAGCUCCAACACUGGUAUCAGUCGAGUCAGUGCUGAUCUGGGAGACUAUAACUGCCUCAAUAACCCCGCAAAAGCCCAGGACAGAGUCAUGAUGGAGAUCACGCUACAGAAGGAGUUUGGUGUAGGUUUAGGUAUUGGCUUGUGCUGUGUACCUUCUGCUGGCGACUGCCCGGGAAUCUACAUUCACACGCUGUCACCAGGAUCAGUGGCCCACAUGGAUGGACGAUUAAGCCCUGCUAAAAUCUUUGGUGUAGGUUUAGGUAUUGGCUUGUGCUGUGUACCUUCUGCUGGCGACUGCCCGGGAAUCUACAUUCACACGCUGUCACCAGGAUCAGUGGCCCACAUGGAUGGACGAUUAAGAUGUGGCGAUGAGAUCAUGGAGAUCAAUGACACAGUGGUUUGCAACAUGACGCUGAACGAUGUGUACACGGUUCUGAGUCAGUGCAGCCCGGGACCGGUUCAGAUCAUCAUCAGUCGACACCCCGACCCAAAAGUUUCUGAGCAGCAGCUGAACGAGGCCAUCGCUCAGGCGGUGGAGCACAGCAGACUGAGGAGAGACAGGAGUCAGUGGAGUAUGGACGGAUGUAACAGCAGUCUGAGGCGAUCCGAAGCCUGUUCCCACAGCAGACAGAAGUGUAUCCGCUGUCUGGACCGGAGCACGAGUCAGCUGACCUGUAGACGAGCACAGAAACCCAUGAUCCGAUCGUGCAGUGAGGGAGCCUACAGCCAGCGCUGUAUACCGGCCAGCGCCACCACUCAAUCCUUCCUCGAGCCGGAGCACGUCUCCAGAGUCCAGAGCAUGGACGUCUCUUUAACAACCAACAGUGAAACUUCACUUAAUUACACACUGUCUCCAGCCUCGUUCACCGAUGACGACUAUAACAUUCCCUAUAAAUGUCCAAUGAAUUUCACUGGACAGCAAACAUUAGAUGUGCAUGCAGGUGUGGUGAGGAGCUCUACGCAAGGAGCAACAAACCAGCCACAGAGGUACUGCAGACGACAGGAAGUCAGCAGUCAGGAAGUGCUGACUGAUUCGAGCGGCUCUACCCGAGGUUCACCCGUGAAAGAGGAAGAUCUGCUGUAUUCUCAAAGCAACUGCCAGGAAGUGGUUGAAUGCGCAGAAGUCAGAACUAAAGCAUCUGUCAGUAUCUCUGAGCCUAAAAGUGACUCAACACACAGAGGGGACAGACAGCACAGAGGUCCAGAGUCCCCAUCUAAAGUGUGUAGUCCAAGUAAGCGGGUUGGUCUGAGACGUCAGGCUCAUUUGGAAGUCAGUACAGAUCAACCACUUGACCCCUGGGUAAAGCUGACCGACAGCCCAGAGAACCAGUCAUACUGCUACAAAACCAUGAGUGACCUUAAUGGAGACAGUGAGGUUAACGGCACAUCCUCUGAAACCACAAACACCACCUCAGACUCCAAAUCUGAGCAAUCUCCCAAUGUCAAAAAAGCCCCCCCGGUGGCUCCAAAGCCUGCAUGGGCACGUCAGAGCAUUAAGAGCAUUAAGUCUGGGAAACCGAUAACAGGAGCUUUGAAGCAUCCAGAUAACAGGAGUCAAGAUACUGGCAGGACCUUUGGGAUUAGUCUGAGGGCUGCUUCAUCGGGAGCCAAUUUGUCAAUCAGGCAGAAGAUCAGCUCGUUUGAGACUUUCUCUAGUGCCGAUGGAUCCGAAAGGCCAAGCAGGCGACUGGCCCCAACUGUAUCCCUUCCUCCAGUGGAGAAGAUGGCUGAAACCUCAUCUGCAGACUACAGCAGUGCAGGGAGAACUAAAGUUACCACAAGCAACUUGCACAAUAAUGAUGACUGCCAGUCUACACCAACAAUUUCAGCCACUACCCAGCCUCCAAAAGAAGAAAAUCAGCAACCAGCUUCCCUCGGUUCAGAUAUCAUUUCAGAGCCCCAUCCUGCAGAGGAAGAAAAACAAUCAACUUCUCAUGAUUCAGAGCCCUGUAAGCCGAUCCCUGCUGAGGAACCUGCUCUUGACUCCACAAAAGAGCUUCCACCUGCUAUAGAGACUGAGCAAGAACCCUUACCUUCCCAAGACGAUUUGUCCCCUUCAAGCCACGUCCCGAGGAGAUCGAGUAGCUCAAAGGAGGGUCCUGCAGAAAAAACCGAAGGUGCAGGAACUCAUGCGGUGAGCUUGAGGACCCAGAGUCUACCCCUCAGUCCCUCUUCAGAUGCCCCCAACUCAAGCGGCUUGGACGGGGAGAGCCUAGGGAUCAUCUUGUCCUUCAGCAACCAAGUGUCCAAUGCUUUGAUGCGAUCCAUGCAAUCCCUGCCGCAGUCCCCUUGCAUUCAGUUUGGGAACCCCUGGAGCGCCCCACCAGAAUCCCCUCUUCAUAACCCGAUAGAGGAAGACUCUCCUGGUGAAAAGCCCCCACCAGAAAACAGCGAAAAGGGCUUCUCUGUAAGCUUGGCUAAACUGAGAGAGCGUACCAUCGAGAGAGGGGAGGAGUGUGAGAAGGAAGAAUGGAAAGCCGAACGACCACUCACUUCAGCCUCAGAUGUCUGUGCCCAAUCCAUGCUAUCAGCUCUUCCGCCACAGGAGAUUCAGCAGAUGAUCCAGGAAGUCAAGGAUCUGGAUGAAGAAACGCUAAGGCAACUGGAAGACAUCCAUGUUGUGAUUCUACAUAAAGAAGAAGGAGCUGGCUUGGGUUUCAGCAUCGCUGGCGGUAUUGAUCUGGAGAACAAAGCAACUACUGUUCACAGGGUGUUUCCCAGUGGUCUGGCUGCUCAGGAGGGCACCAUUGAAAGAGGAGAUGAGGUGCUGUCCAUUAACGGCCAAACGCUAAAAAACGUCACACACAGCGAUGCCACAGCGAUUCUCAGGCAGGCCCGCACCAUGAAGCAGGCAGUGAUAGUGGUGUCCAAGAACAAAGAUGCCGAAGGGAAGGGAGGCGCUAACGCUAAUGAGUCCAGCUGCAGCAGCGGGGCAGAGAGCAGCAUCACAGGGGAUGAUGGAGGUGAAGUUGUAACAAUCGAGCUGGAGAAGAACGCAGGUGGAGUUGGAUUUAGUCUUGAGGGAGGAAAAGGCUCCAUUAAUGGAGACAGACCACUAACCGUCAACAGAAUAUUUACAGGGAGUGACGCUGAGCAAAAGGGGCUGACAUCUGGUGAUGAGGUACUGCAGAUCCAGGACUCGUCUCUGCAGGGUCUCACACGCUUUGAGGCCUGGACACUCAUUAAAGGCCUUGAUGAUGGGUCGUUUACACUCGUCAUUAAGAGAAAAAAAUGCGAGUAGAGCUAAACUCCACUCAGAAGCACCUAGAAGAAAAUACUGGACUUAUUCCAAAUUUGAAUAAACUUUAAAUUAUGCAAAACUUCAUUUCAGGACUUGAGGAAAUGCCUCCACUUGCGAAAAAAUAAAUAAAUACACAUUACAAAACAAUUUCUUAAAAGCAGGGAUCCCGUAUGAUUUGACCAAUCCUUUUUCAACCAAUCAAUUUUCAUUUCAUUUUUCUUACAGCGACCGCAAUCAAAAAGAACAAUUUCUAUCCAAGUAAGGCCUGGUUUCACAGACAGGG